CGGAGCGCUUCCUGUUCCUGGAGCUGCGCCUGCCCAGCUGCGCACUAGGUUGCUCUUGUCUGUGCCCAACAGCAGUGCACAGAGGGCCAGGAGAACAAGGGACUUGACCAGAGUGAGGUCGAUGGAGACGGGCUGAAUGGACUAACAGUAGAUGCCAGGAGAGAUACAUGGCCAGCUCCCAAGAGACGUGGAAACAGCUUGGCGUUGGGCGCUCCAGCACAGACCUGCGACUUCCCUUUUCUCGCCAGCACAGAGAGACCUUUCCUCUGUGUUUGCUGAAUUGCUUUGGUGGUAGCCAGUUGGCCCCCUUUCCUCUCUCUCAACAAUGGUGAGGUGGUUUCACCGUGACCUAAGUGGGCUGGAAGCUGAAGCCUUGCUGAAGGGACGGGGUGUCCAUGGAAGCUUUCUAGCCAGACCCAGUCGGAAGAAUCAGGGGGACUUUUCUCUUUCGGUUCGGGUUGGUGACCAGGUAACCCACAUCCGUAUCCAGAAUACCGGAGACUUCUAUGACCUGUAUGGAGGGGAGAAGUUUGCCACCUUGUCGGAGCUGGUGGAGUACUAUACACAGCAACAGGGCUCAUUGCAGGACAAAGAUGGAACUAUCAUUGACCUGCGGUACCCGCUCAACUGCUCUGACCCCACUGCAGAGAGGUGGUAUCAUGGACAUCUGUCUGGCUCUGCAGCUGAAUCGCUGCUCCAGGCCAAGGCCACCCCUUGGACCUUCUUGGUGCGGGAGAGUCUCAGCAAACCUGGGGAUUUUGUCCUGUCUGUUCUGACUGACCAGCCUAAACCUGGGUCGGAUGCUGCACCAGCUGGGGCAACCAGUGGCUCUGGGCCUCGGCUCAAAGUCACCCACAUCAAGAUCAUGUGUGAGAAUGGCCGCUACACAGUUGGAGGUGCUGAAGUGUUUGACAGUUUGGCGGAACUGGUGGAGCACUUCAAGAAGACUGGGAUCGAGGAAGUUUCUGGCUCCUUUGUGUACCUGAAGCAGCCCUACUACGCUACUAGGGUGAAUGCUGCUGACAUUGAGAACAGAGUGCAGGAGCUGAACAAGAAGAGUCUGGCUGAGGAAUCGUCCAAAGCUGGAUUCUGGGAGGAAUUUGAUAGCUUGCAAAAACAGGAAGCCAAGCACCUGUACGACCGUCAUGAGGGUCAGAGACCUGAGAACAAGAGCAAGAACCGGUACAAGAAUAUCUUGCCCUUUGAUCACUCCAGAGUCAUCCUCCAAGGAAGAGAUCCAAAUAUCCCUGGAUCUGACUAUAUCAAUGCCAACUAUGUCAAGAACAACCUUAUCAGCCCUGAUGAGUGCACUAAGACCUACAUUGCCAGCCAGGGUUGCCUGGAUGCCACAGUUAAUGACUUCUGGCAGAUGGUGUGGCAGGAAAAUACACGCAUUAUUGUGAUGACCACACGGGAAGUAGAAAAAGGACGGAACAAAUGUGUGCCCUACUGGCCAGAGGUGGGCAACACAAAGGAGUAUGGUCCCUACCUUGUGCAGAAUGCUGGGGAGCAUGAUGCGUUGGAGUACAAACUGCGGCAGCUCUGUGUGUGGCCAAAAAAUGACGGUGAGUCUAUGCGUCAGAUCUGGCACUACCAGUACCUGAGUUGGCCUGACCAUGGUGUCCCCAGUGAGCCGGGAGGAGUGCUGAGCUUCCUUGAUCAAAUCAACCAGAAGCAGGAGAGCAUCCCCUGUGCCGGGCCCAUUCUGGUACACUGCAGUGCUGGGAUUGGCCGCACUGGGACUAUCAUCGUCAUCGAUAUGAUAGUGGAAACAAUCUCCACCAAGGGACUGGACUGUGACAUUGAUAUCCAGAAGACCAUCCAGAUGGUGAGGGCCCAGCGCUCCGGGAUGGUGCAGACAGAGGCCCAAUACAAGUUCAUCUACAUGGCCAUUUGCCAGUUCAUAGAAACCACCAAGAAAAAGCUGGAAGUCAUCCAGUCUCAGAAAGGGAAGCCAAACGAGUCUGAGUAUGGCAACAUCGCCUACCCGCCUGCUGUGAGGAACACACACGCCAAGGCCAUGCGAAAAUCCUCUAAGCAGAAAGAGGAGUCAACAGUUUAUGAGAACUUGGGGAAGAAGGAAGAGAAGGUGAAGAAACAGCGCUCCUCAGAGAAGAAGCUGAAAGGCUCACUAAAAAAAAAAUAGGCAUAAGUUGCAGGUAGCCCCUUUCAGAGGUUUGAACCUGGGAUACAGGACUAGAGCUCAUGAC